AUGGUGUUAUUUCAGUCUAUUAACAACUUUGCCGACCCCCAAGGUGGUAUUGGAUUGCCUAGUGCAAGGAGAAGACGAUUAUAUAUACCGCCAUCCACCAAUUAUCCGUUGUUCAGCUAUGGAGAUGGGGAUGACCAGAGAUCUUUCCUAUCUUUGAUUGAGACAGGAUCUCAUAUAACCGAUUUAGAUGAUGAUAACAGUGAUGCUGCCAGUGUCAGUACAUCACGUUCGCUUCCUUCUUCCCUCAGCUCGGUCAAUACGGACCAUGAAUCCUUGAGAAGCUGGCUAUUGGAAGAGAGCCAAAGACUGUAUUCUGCUGCUCAAUCUGAAGAUGAAGACAAUUUACUGAACCACUCUCGGUACUCCCGAACGUCUCUAUUAUCGUCCAAGUUCAGUACCCAUGACUUUGGAUCUCUUCAUACCUCCUACUCGAAGGAACUCCUGGUGAUAUGUCAGUAUUCGUUUCCCUUGAUCAUCACAUUUCUACUAGAACACCUUUUCAGUAUCGUAUGUUUGAUAGUGGUUGGGCACUUGGGAAAGGACGAGUUGGCAGCCGUUUCCUUGGGCUCCAUGACUACCACCAUCACCUUUGCUGUGUUUGAAGGUAUUGCUACUGCUCUAGACACCUUGUGUCCUCAAGCUUACGGAGCCAAAAAUUACGAGUUGGUAAGUAUACAUGUACAGAGAUGUUUGCUCUUCUCCUUGGUGGCAUACGUUCCUUGUGCCAUUGCUUGGUGGUACAGUUCUGUCUACUUGAAGUAUAUCAUCGAUAGUGAUAAUGUGUUGAAGAUGACUGAAAGCUUCUUGCGUAUAUUGACAUUAGGAGGUCCAGGGUAUAUUUUCUUUGAAGUAUCCAAGAGGUUUCUUCAGGCUCAAGGGAUCUUUGAAGCCGGUACCGGAAUCCUUUUCCUCAGUGCUCCAAUUAAUAUCUUUCUUUCUUGGUUCCUUGUGUGGAACGAGAAAUUUGGAAUGGGCUUUAAUGGUGCUCCCAUUGCAACGGUGAUAAAUUUCUACUUGAUGGAUAUACUAUUAAUCUUAUAUGUGAUGUUUAUCGAUGGAAAAAAAUGCUGGUUCGGUCUAGCUUCAGUUUCUGACUUGUGCAAACAAUGGGGAAACUUGUCCAAGUUGGCGAUUCCAGGAAUCGUCAUGCUAGAAAGUGAGUAUUUUGCCUAUGAAAUCAUGACUUUAAUGGCCAGUUACAUGGGAACGGUGGAUUUGGCAGCCCAAAGUGCAGUUAGCUCCAUUGCUUCACUCACUUAUAUGAUUCCAUUUGCCAUUAGUAUUGCUGGGUCUACCAGAGUAGCCAAUUUCAUAGGUGGUCAUAACAUUCGAGGUGCUCAAAUAGCCAUCAGAGUAACUCUUUUCGUUGGUCUCGUGGCUGCAUUCAUCAACUGCCUUGUUUUAUUUUCCCUAAAGUCUCAUAUUGCCAGUAUCUUUACCUCAGAUACCGAUGUUAAAAGUUUGGUCAUUGACUUAUUUAACCCAUUAGUGUCGGUAAUCCAGAUAUUCGAUGGGUUAGCUUGUGUUUCCAGUGGGAUUUUGCGAGCGGAAGGAUCUCAAAGAAUUGGCGGAUAUAUCAAUUUCCUCGCAUAUUAUGCGGUUGCAAUUCCAUCGUCUCUAGCCUUAAACAAGUUGUUUGACUUGAAACUCUUUGGUCUUUGGCUUGGGAUUGGGGGUGGAAUGAUCUUAAUUGCAAUAUCAGAGAUCCUUGUGAUCGUAAAUAGUGACUGGGAUCAUAUUAUGAUGAAAGCAGAGCUUUUGAACGACGCAGCCUUUGAUAGUGAUUAA